UUACGCGUAUUCUAACCGCCACAUCAAAACAAUGUCCUACGUUUUUGUAAAUGAUUCUUCUCAGACUAAUGUGCCCUUGCUACAGUCCUGUACUGAUGGAGACUUUAACUAUUCCAAGCGGCUUUUGGAAAGUGGCUUUGACCCAAACAUUCGUGACAGCAGGGGCAGAACAGGCCUUCACCUCGCAGCAGCCCGAGGAAAUGUAGACAUCUGCCAGUUGUUGCAUAAAUUUGGUGCUGAUCUUCUGGCCACGGAUUAUCAAGGAAACACAGCUCUUCAUCUCUGUGGCCAUGUGGAUACUAUUCAAUUCUUAGUUUCCAAUGGACUCAAAAUUGAUAUUUGCAAUCAUCAAGGUGCUACACCCUUAGUUCUGGCAAAGCGCAGGGGAGUGAAUAAAGAUGUCAUCCGAUUGCUGGAAUCUUUGGAAGAACAGGAGGUAAAAGGAUUUAACAGAGGAACCCACUCAAAACUGGAGACCAUGCAGACAGCUGAGAGUGAAAGUGCCAUGGAAAGCCAUUCUCUCCUCAGUCCCAGCCUGCAGCAAGGUGAAGGAGUCCUGUCCAGCUUCCGAACCACGUGGCAGGAGUUCGUAGAGGAUCUGGGCUUCUGGAGGGUGUUGCUCUUGAUCUUCGUCAUUGCUUUGCUGUCUCUUGGCAUUGCCUACUAUGUGAGUGGGGUGCUACCCUUUGUGGAAAACCAGCCUGAACUGGUGCAUUAAAGGAGCUCAUGGGAGAUGAGGCAAAUGCUGGCUUCCAGUGUUUGUUCUCAGUUUCUCAGAAAUUUCCUCUUAGUGCAAGGCAGUGAGGGAUGUACAUUUUUUCUUUUUGCAUUUUUACGUAUUAUAAUCCUUUUAAAAGAACGACAUGUUCCUUUGAACUAACUACAUACUGUGGUCAAAUAUACUGCAUCCUAAAGCUACCUCUGACUCACCCUGACUUCUUAGGAAAACCUACACAUAGCCUUGUUGAUAAAAACAUGGAAAUAGCUAAAGAAUGAAACAUGAAGUAAAAGACUAGGAAGUCUUCACUAUAGAACCUUACCCUAAUAUAAGACCAACUAAAGUGUUCAAAAAGAUAAAGGUUUUUCCUGUAUGAUUAGUUUAGGUUGGUAGUUUUAUUUUGUUUUUGUUUGUUUAUUUUUGCAGGAGCCCCUUUUCUCGUUUUAUUUGCUUUCUCUGGGGGUAGGGAAGAGAAAGAAACAUUCAGCUUAAAACUUGAAGUGCUUUUUUCAAAUCCUAUAUAGCAAAGCAGCAUUGUUGGAAUCUCUUGGUUCAUUUUAGUAUUUUCAAGUCUAGUCACAAACAGAACUUUUGAAAAUGAGCUAUAUUUUCUUCAAAAAUGAUUGAUCUUGUGUUCAUUUGUUUUUAGGAUAAUUUUGAAUUUUUUGUGUCAGCUGCUUUGCUUCUUAGUAUCUGGAAAAUGAACUUGAGGAAUUCAUUUUGUUCACUUUUCAAUUUCCCCUAGUGUUGAUUUCAAUACCCUGUUCAUUAAAAAUACAGUCAGAAAACUGUUUUUCUACUCAAUAGUUAGCAGGGAAAAAUAAUUCUGAUAUUUAACUGUCACUAUAAUUCCAUAGCGCUAUUAUUGUGAAAAAUUCAGUUCUAUAAGCUA